AAACCAAAAUAAAUGGAAUUUGUUUUAAAUUAUUUUCUAAAGAUGAAAUAGACCAAACAAAAGCACAAUUAGAAAAAAGAUAUUUAGGUGGAAGAAGAGUUCCUGGCAUAAGGAUGUAUCAUCAUUUUAUUCCAAUAUAAGUUAUAAAAAAACAAGUAUUGAUACAUGUAUUAAAAUAUUGAUAUUAUUCCAAAAAGCAAACAUAAUAAAAAGAUUUUAUUAAACAUUAAAAAGUUGGAUUAUGUUGCAUGUUUUUAUCAUAGAUGUAAGUGAGUUGAUAUAAAAGUCAGUUUCAUGCAUCCACAUGGACCAAGUAAAAAACCUUUUUUGGCCAAUGAAAAAUGACAAGUGUUGGGUGCUUAAUUCUGAAGUUAUAUGCCUAAUUUCUACACCUACAAAAAUAUCAGGUCGUGCGUACAACAUAUCUAAUUUAGAUUUGGAGAAUAUUGACAGUUGGUUACAAAAAAAAUUAAAUACAUUUAAAAUAAUUUUGAUAGAAAGAUCUGAAGGUGGUCAACUUUGGAUUCAAGAAGUAUCAAGUACACCUGCAACACGUAUGGAUGUUGUUAAUCUGCAGGAGCAGUUAGAUAUGAGAUUGCAGCAAAGGCAAGCAAGAGAAACUGGUAUAUGUCCAGUCCGCAGAGAGUUAUAUUCACAAGCUUUUGAUGAACUGAUUCGUCAAGUGACAAUAAAUUGCGCAGAGCGUGGACUUUUACUUUUAAGAGUCAGAGAUGAAAUUAGCAUGACCAUAGCAGCCUAUCAAACAUUAUAUGAGAGCAGCAUUGCAUUUGGCAUGAGAAAAGCGUUACAGGCAGAACAGGGAAAAACUGACAUGGAGCAAAAGAUUAAUGAUCUGACUCAGCAAAAAGAAGAACUUGAGAAGCAAGUAAACGAGUUAAAAGGAAAAUGUGAUGCCAUUGAAAAAAGAGAUGUUGAACGUCGUGCAAUUGAAGAAAAAAAACACUCUGAAGAAAUUCAAUUUUUAAAAAAGACAAAUCAGCAAUUAAAAACUCAACUUGAAGGCAUUAUUGCGCCCAGCAAGAGAUAAUAUAAUGAGAAAAUGAUGUGAACAAAGAAAAGUCAAUAAUUGGGUCUUGAGACUUUUUACAAGAAGCUUUCAAGUAGCAUUAACUCGAGCCAUAAACGCUUCUUGUUGUUUUAUACGGCAUUUUGAUUUUAAUAUUUUCCAACAUUUUAAAUAUUGUAAUUUUUGUUAUAUUGCAAAUGUUGUAAAUGUUAGCAAAGGUAUUUUAGAUAUAUAAUCUGUCUAGGUGUUUAAAUUAAAUUAUUCUAAAUCGUUUCUGUAAAUAUUUUUGAAAGUGAAACUAUUUUUUAGAAAUUAUACAUAAAAUUUAUAUAGAAAAAGUAUAUAUUUUUUGAAA